AUCUGUGUGUACCCCUUUAAGAAGGAGCCGCUCGAGCUGACGGUUGGGAUUUGAAGUUCUUCCUCCCUCUUUGGAAGUCUGGACGGAUGGGGGGUGUUGCUAUGGCGACGGCACCCUCCCCACGCCCCCCCCCCCUUUCCUUGAGGACGCCCCGACGACUCCGGUCCUCUUUCGCUGUCAUGUGAUGGACUCGCGUAGCCCACCCCGCCUCCCAUUCCUGUUCAAAUGCAAUUCAGUUUUCCGUUUCGGUGGGGUCUGAUCGGUUUUGCUUCAAACUUGCGCGCUCCGGGCUGUCAUUCAGUGGGCUGCUCCGGGUAGCGGGAAGUACUGGGACUCCCUCACCUUGUUGCGGCCACUGCUUUUCCUCACUCAGAGUGCGACGUGUGACCGCAGCUGUUACCCAGCAGGUUUUGAGAGUAUUUUAGAAGGGCUUUAUGGACCACGGCUACGAAGAGACCUCAGUUUAUUUGAAGAAAUCCAGAAGAACGCAUCAGACUCCCCUGAAACUGGAGCCAUAGAUAGUUGUGAGCCACCAUGUGGGUAUUGGGUACUGAGCAGACUGUGAACCAGAAGAGCUGACUGACUGGUCUAUGGAUGAAAAAUGUUCAUUUUGUAACCUACAGAGAGAAGCAGUCAGUGAUUGUAUACCAUCUCUUGAUUCUUCACAGUCAACGCCAACAGAGGAGCUAUCAUCUCAGGGCCAGUCCCACACUGAUAAGAUUGAAUGCCAAGCAGAAAGUUACCUAAAUGCACUCUUUCGAAAGAAAGAUCUUCCUCAGAACUGUGAUCCUAACAUUCCCUUAGUUGCUCAGGAAUUAAUGAAAAAAAUGAUACGUCAGUUUGCAAUUGAGUACAUCUCAAAAAGCGGUAAAAUUCAAGAAAAUAGAAAUGGUUCAAUUGGAGCAAGUCUCGUGUGUAAAAGUAUCCAAAUGAACCAAGCAGACAACUGCCUUCAGGAUGAGCAAGAAGGCCCCUUAGACCUCACUGUGACUCGAACGCAAGAGCAAACUGCUCAGCAAGGGGAUGGAGUGUUAGAUCUCUCUACAAAGAAAACCAGCAUAAAGUCUGAAGAGUCAUCCAUAAGUGAUCCUUCUUCUGAAAAUGCAGUGACUGGUUCAACUGUUGAUGCAAAAUCAGAGGAAGCUACUAAAAUGGAAAAAGGAAAAUCAGCAUUAAGCAAAGUUUUGGAAUCUUUGUGCAUACAUCACCAUCAACAAGUUUUGGCUAUGUUGAAAUUUCUAGUCCAAGAGCAGAAUGCUGCUUCUCUUUGCUGUUGUAAUUCAUCAUGUGCUAUGUCUUCAGAAUCUCAAAAGCCCCUAUUGGAGGAUGGUUUUCAUGGUCUGUUCUGUAGCUGUGAAUAUAGACUGGCAGAAAGAGGGUGCUUACAGAAUGAGAGACAAAGCCCUGGUCUAGUGCCUCUGCCAGUCUGUAUUAAAGAAAUACAGUGUUUGUCUUGUCAAACUGUAACUGUUGAGCACACUAAGACAGUAACAAAUAGAGGAAUUGAAAACAGUUCUAAUCCACACAGGUGCUGUUGUGGACAGUUAGCAAAGACUCAGUCUACAAAACCAGCCUGUCACAGUCCUCCUUUGUCAAGGGAAGUUUGUGAUCUUUCAGUCACUCUUCAAAAUACCUGUAGAUCUCGAAGUCCCUCGCCCCCACCAUUAUCACCUGUGGAGACUGGAGGAUUGGAAAAAUGGAAAGACAUCGUCUCAGAGCUUUCAGCCGUAGAAAAUAACAAACUUGAGGCAAGCAUUAACCAGCCUCCAUCUCUUACACCAGCAGAGAUAAGCACUCAUAAAUGUGGCCACGACAGCAAACUACAUAAAACUAAGAAGUCUGGUAACACUGAUUCUGUGCUCUUGGGGGCCAGUGGUAGUUAUACUGCAAAUCAUGAAAAGGGUGAGACAGCUGUAAUUUUUCAAGAUUUAAUGGACCGUAUUAAUGAAAAAUUAAAAUCAAUAGAAACCACAGAUAUAUCUAACCUCAUAAAAUUAUCUAGUACUGAUUGUGAUUCAGACAGUGAUUUUAAACUGGGAGAUUUAAUAACAUCUCUCUUGCACAGUGCAACAGCCAGUGAUUAUAGUUUUAUGGAAUUGCUGAGUCAACAUGAUAAAAAGGUUGAAAAUAAAAUUAUUCAGACAAGGUUUCGAAAACGUCAACAAACGUUACUUGCAAUACACAACUCUCCUGAUUCACCAGUGAUCAGAAGGCAAUCUUUACAGAUAAAAAGAGAACUUGCCAGUUUUGAUGAAAACUUUCUGAGAAGAAGGUACAGUGAAAAAAAUUCAAGAAAAUUAUCAUACAAUGAUAAGAUGCUUUCAGUGAACAAAGAAGAAUUCCAGCCUUGUCAAGAGCCUUUAAAAAUUUCAAAAAGCUUUCAAAAUGAAAAUCAUGAAGAAAUGUUUACACCAAAUGAUGUAGCACCAUCAAUUCAGGUACCUCUUGGGAGUUUAGAAACUAACUUGGCUCUUGAUCAAUUUUCAGAAAAUUUUAAAGCAACUUCAUUUGAGAAAAUGAGCCAAAGAAAAUCACAGGAGAGAGCUACAGCUGAGAAACCAACUGUACAAAAUAAUAGGGAAAAUACAAAACUAGAAAAUACUCCAACACUUUUGAGAACCGAUACUCCUCUUUUGAGCAGAACUAAACGAAAUAUCGUGCCUCCAGGGUGGUAUUCCAUAUAUGUAACAAACGAUUCUGUUUCUAAAAAAUUCCUGGAGGGCAAAAGAGUAUCUGGCUCUGCACACAGAAAAGAUCCAGGAGAUCCAACUGAAAGUUUUCAAAAUAUAGACUUAAAUAAAAUUGCAAUGAAUUCUAGUUUGCAAGUUGUUGUGGAGCGUUUAGAAGACACAAUAAAUAUGGCUCAAAGGUCUUGGACUAGUCAAGAACUAUCUGAAGGAUGUAAAACAUCCAAAAAAUUGAUAGAAACAGGUGAUAAAGACCAAAAUGCUGGGAGAGAUUUGACUUUAAGUAGAAUGGCUUGUAAAAAUCAGGGUUUAUCAAAAUCUGUGUUCACAUCUAGCAGUAAAAGAAGUCAUGAUAUGCCUGUCAUGGAUUUGAACAAGACACUUGAUAAUCCGAAGACAUCACCCAUUUUAGAGAAAGGUAGCUCGACAGCCAUUGUUGAAAGUUUGCCAACAAAAUGCGAAGGCAUUGAAAGUUCUGUUUCUAACUAUUCUAGUCCUAUCAAACUCAUGUUUUUAUCUGAGAUUAAAAGCAGUGAAGGUGUCAAAUACACUUUAACUUCCGUCAGCACAUCACAGUCAGAUGCUGAUUUUGAUUCUCACAAACAUAAAAACCGUCAGAUGACUGGAAGAAAAAGAGAAACAACUGAAGAUACACCAAACACUAGCUUGGAAGAUUAUAGUUCUAAUCAUGUUACAAACCUUCAAAGUGAAUUGAACCAAUUUAACUGUGUACAUGAGGCUACACCAUCAUCUGCAGAGUUUACUGACAAUUUAAACAAUGAUAAGCCACAAGAAGACCCUAAGGAAAAGUCAAAUGGUGCUGUUGAUUUACCAUAUAAAAGAAAACCGGGUAGACCUAAAAAAAUUGGUCCCCAAGUUGUGAAGCAGGUUAAACGGCCAAUUGGAAGACCACCAAAACCUAAAGCUGGUCAAACAAAUGUCAGUGUUUCCCAAAAUGAAUCUUUUAACCCUAGAAAGGAAAAUUCAGAGUCCUUCUUAUCAGAAGUCAAAGAUGUUUGCAGGAAGAGUAUUAUUGUCACUGUUGUUUAUGGAAGGUCAAGAAGAACCAAGAGAUGUGUUUCUGAAGGAAGCAUGAACAUCAGCAACAUCUCACUGAACAGUGAUGUCUCUGACUUUUCAGUUAACUCUAGUUGUCUCAGAAAUACUAAAGCUCAUGAGAUUGGCUCUGGUGAAAGUCUGAGUGCUGGGUCAAGAUUGACAACUCAAAGUGGGGUUUUUGAUUCUGACUUUGAAUAUAUUAGACCUAUCAAGAGCAUGUCUGUGAUACCUCAGACUUCCAAGAACAUUAUUCGACCAAACCAAAAACCUUUAUCAAUUGUUAGGAAGCCUGGUCGACCUGCAAAAGUGAAAAUUUCUGGUAUAUCUGUGACAGUUAAUAGAAUUUCACCUCAGGAAAGAGAAGUAUGUAUUAGCAGCUGCUUACCUCCUUUAGAUCAGGAGAUAAUGUUAGAGAAAACUUGCCUAGAAGAAAAGCUUGACCAGCAGUGCAGUAAUGUGGAUAACAUCAAGCACACCAAUGUUGACAUAUUUAAGAAUGAAUCAAAUAGUACUGUUGUUUCUAUGCCUCCGAAACGUUCUAUUAGGGCUAGAAAACCUUCUUUGCAUUUCUUACAUUCAUUUGCAUCCUCUGGCUCACUUACUUACAAAAAUGCUCUCCGUCAUAAAUCAUGUAAACUUCAUUUGCAUAAAUGCAAAAAUCCAAAGAAAAAAUACAGGCAGUCAGGUUAUAGACUAGCUUCCAAAGGUAUCCCACGAUCUAGAUGUUCAAAGAAAGCAAAAAAAUAUUUGGAAGAUAAAAAAUCAAUGCCCAUUUCUGAAGUGUCCUUGGACCCUGUAAUCUCAUCCAACCCUUUACUAAGGUGGUGGGCUACUUCUGCUUCAAAUGAUUCCUUGUUAGAGGGAUUAAACAAUAGAUUUGAACAAAUAACAAAUGCGUGGGUACAGGUGAGUAAAGAUGAAGCUCAACAUUUUGUUCAUAAAACAGAAUACACUAAAGGUGAUCAUUGUGAAGCAGCAAGCCCUUUGGAAACUUGUCUUCUAGAACUUGAAGUUUCACCUGUAAAAAUGCUUUUUCAGAAAAAGUAUAAUUUGAAUGAACUUUGUACCUGGUUUAUGCAAACAACAGAAACACAGUCCCUUUCACUAGUUAGAAAAGCAAAUGCUCGAAACCCUUUGGAAGUGAUAAGCACCAAGGGCAUUAAGUUAGGGGUGAAAUGCUGUGGAUUUAAUGCCAGCCCCUUCAGGAAGCACUUUAAAAAAUUUGCAGUCUCUUCUCCUUCAAAACCAGCUGGGAAAUUUCAUAUACUACAUAAAAUGGUUGGCUCACCACUCUUAAAUGUGAAAAGUAAUUUAAGAUUAGCAAGGUUGAAAAGGACUGAGUUUAAGAGUUUGCACUGUGAAAGGUGGAGAAGAGAGGAAAGGCCAUACAGCCACAGAACAGUUGAUUGGAGCUCAAAAGGAAGGAACUUAAGAUUGUUCUGCCAGAAUCCAUCUUGGACUAACUCAGAGGGGGAGAAAAAUGCAGAGACAUCACUCAGUGGGAAAGGCACAGUAGGUAACCAGUGGGCCUCACCCCCAGAACCCAGAGUCGCCUUUGCUAACAAGAGGGUGGCAGUACAUGACUUCAGAACACAUGCUAGUUUAGAGAAUAAGUUUAACGGAAAAGGGUGUGGCCAGACUGACUCUGAAAAGGAACAAAUAAUAGAAAGUGUAUCUUCCCAUAAUUGGAGGUCAAAAACUUUAAAAGACUGUAGAAUAUUUUUGAGGAAGAUCAACUGUUUUGAACACAGAAACACUUUUAAGCUAAAUACAAUAAUUUAUUCUCCUGAAUCUGUUGACAGUGGAGGUAAUCGGGCACAACCAGAAGAAUCAAAGCGUUUUAGUUUAAGGUCCCAUUCUGCAAGGCAGAAUUCCUUUAAAAAGCAAAAUGAAGAAAGAGCAAAUCCCAAAGCAAAUAGUCCUGCAAGUAAUAGAUUGACUGGUGAACUCAACCGUAGUCAGUUUAGUAAGCAUGUUGACUUUGACAAGAACCCCGAUAAUUCUGAGGCUCUUAGCAAAUUAAGCAAAAGAAAAAGACCACCAUGGAAGACCACAGAAAUGUCAGCAAAAAGGCAUAAACGACAGUCUUGCAACAUUGGACAAAUGGCAAACUAUUGUACAAAAUCCCAAGUAGGUAAGUUUUUCUCUCCUUAAUUUUAAAGUUUCAUUGUAGGUGCCUUGAGUCAACCAUAAGCUAGUGGGUAGAAAAGGAACAGCUAACUCCAUUCUAAUUUAUUUCUAAAAUAUUUGAACAACUUAAUUUCUUGGCACCUAAUAUGAAACUCCUGAAAUUAGGUACUACUAGAUGUAGUGCACUUAACCGCUAAGCUUCAGCAUUCAAACACAAGCAAAUACAUUUAGAAGAGACAUGAAGAACAUUGUGAAAACAGGCCGUGAAUGUAUUUGGUAGGUGACUGAAAAGCUAAUUAAAAAUUUACUACAGGCUAAUACUGGCUCAGGUCUCAAAAAUACCAACCAUGAGAACAUACAGAAAACAGCUAAAGUGGUCUCAUUUAGAGACUGUAACAUUGUAAUCCUAAAGUGUAAAUCUCCCUCAUUUUAAGCUGUUACUCUAUUUGAUACUGUUUUGAAAACAUACUGCAAGACUGCUUAUUUAGAAGGUGGUAUAUACUAUUUUUUUCAAUGAUCAGCAAGUAUAAUAAGUGGACUUUUAUGAAUUAGAGCUCACUUGUGCAGAUAGAUAUAAAGAGGAGGAUUCCUUUAUGGAGCUGAGCAAGUCACUGUUAGGGUCAUUUCAGAUUGAGAAUGGAAUAUGAAAUUAAGUGAUGUACCUUAUUAAGAUACACUGACAUUUCAAGGCCAGCCUGGUCUACAGAGUGAGUUCCAGGACAGCCAGGACUACACAGAGAAACCCUGUCUCGUAAAACCAAAGGGGGAAAAAAAAAGAUAUACUGACAUAGCUUCAGUACUGAUGAAUGAGUGAUAACAUGAGCAUGGUAGUUUCCUGAAUAGCCAUUUUUCAUCUGCUUAUUUGGUAGGUACUAAACAGUGCAGGAUAUUAGAUAGGAGACUUUACAGAUUCCAUCUUCACCAUGAAAGAAUGCCAAUUUAUAUAUUUAGAAAAAAAGAAUAUUUUAUGGCUGGUGUUCAUUUUUACAUUUGUAUAACUUAGAGAAAUCUUUGGGGACUUAGGGAAGUGUUAGUGUCUUACUAGAGUCAAUAACAUGAGGUCUCAUUAAAAUAUUAAACACAAUAAUUAAGUUGAAAAGUUUUCUAUAGGCUUUAUGUGACCCCACCCCCCGGUCAGUUAACUGAAUAAUUUUAACAUGCAUACUCCAGUACUCUGUAACAUAUAAUGAUAAAAAGUUUCAAAUAUCUGGCAUGAAAAAUGCUCAAAGGAGGUCAAAGUAGACUCUCCAUUACAAAAGGUACAUGGAAACUCUGAAGAAUAACUUAGGUUUGAUCCUCAAGAAGGCUAAAAAUAAUAUUAUAACAGGUGCUUCAUCAGGAAUAUACCUAAUAGCAGAGUUUUAAGAUUAUAAUUCACCUAAAAUAUGUGUACAAGUUUCACGAAGAAUAAAAUAUAGUUUCAUUUUAUUUGUUUCAUUUUCAUCUCAUGCUGUUACAGAUUUUUCUAAAGUGAUUUGCAUUAAUUCACUUUACAACAGAACCGUAUUUUAUCCUUGCAGCUUCUUACCCAUUGUAUUUUCCUAACAAUCAAACACAAUCUCAACUUUAAUAUUAUUUUUCACCCUGUCAAAUGUAAGAUUCCUAAAAUAGGAAGAUGAUGGAUAUUUAAAUAUUACUUUUGCAAAUUGAUUUUAAAAUCCUUUGUGGGUAUUUUAAAAAUUAGCAACAUAUAAAGAAUUGUUUUUCACCUUUUCCAUUUUAAAAUUUGCUAGUGCUGUUUGCUGUUCUGCUUGAACUUUAUUCAUCUUUACUGAUAACUUUCCUUCUUUAUUUUUAACAUUUUUUAAAUCGAGAUUAUUUUUUACAGUUAUAUUUAUAACAAUAUUUGUUAUGUUUAUGUGAUUUUUAAAUGUUUCUUACAGUGUUGUUGUGGUUUUUUUUUUCUCUCAUUAUCUUUGGUAGUCCAUGCUUCUUUUUGCCUUUUUGGAAGUAACACUAAAACUCAUCAUUAGUUUUAUAUGUGUUUUUGUUUUUCAUAAAUAAUUAGUGACUGAAGACGUAAGACUGUUAACUACAGGACUUCUCUAGACAAAUUCUGAGGACAGUGUAUAUUAUAAAUUUUGGAAUAUUUCUAUUUGUGGAAAAUAAUUGUUUCUAUACUGAAUGUCUUGCCUCUGUACAUACUAACUGUCCAAAUAUGAUUUAAUACAUAAGAUCUCGCUGCAUCUGCUGCACUCUCUGUUAAAUGUAGACAUGGGAAGAAGGCAAAUGCAGUUUGUUCUCAGUGUGGAAGGUCUAGGACGUUCCAGUUCAUCAAAGGGAGAAAAUAUGUACACAUUCAUAUAAAGUCAUUAUUAUUAUUAUUACUAUUAUUGUAAGCACGAUACUUCAUGUUUGAAGGAAACAGUGAUUAAUGCCACAGGUUUUGCUCUUAGGAAGCAUAGAAAAAUAAGUACUACUGAAUGCUGAGUAAUAUGACAGAAAGAAGAUACCUGAAGGAACAUGAAGG